GACGCCGCCGCCGCCGCCCGCGGUGUGAGGGGCGGGGUUUGCUUGCGGCGGCCGGGCCCCACCGUGCCCCGCCCCGCCCCUCUGAGUCACCGUUCCGGGAAGCAGCUCCGGCUCCUCUCCCCAUGCACUGGCGGCGCUUCCUGUGCGGCGCGCUGGCAGUUAUGACGGGACCAAGACCAGUCGUCCUGAGUGGGCCGUCGGGCGCAGGGAAGAGCACUCUACUGAAGAAGCUGCUAAAGGAUUACGAGAACGUCUUCGGCUUCAGCGUCUCGCAUACCACAAGAAAACCAAGACCUGGAGAAAUGGAUGGAAAAGAUUAUCAUUUUGUGACCAGAGAAGUGAUGCAGAAGGAAGUUGAUGCUGGAGGUUUCGUUGAACACGCAGAGUUUUCUGGAAACAUGUACGGCACAAGCAAAGCUGCUAUCCAGGCCGUCCAAGCGCAGAACCAGAUCUGCAUUCUGGAUAUUGACAUGCAGGGCGUGAAGAACAUCAAGAAAACUGACCUUAAUCCCAUCUACAUCUCCGUUCAAGCCCCGUCCAUAGAAAUAUUGGAAAAAAGGCUACGGGACAGACAGACGGAAACGGAGGAGAGUUUACAAAAGCGGCUGAACGCAGCUUGCAUCGACAUGGAACUUAGUAAGGAGCCCGGCCUUUUUGACUUGAUCAUCAUUAACGAUGAUGUGGAACGAGCGUAUAUUGAACUGAAGAACGUUCUUGCAGAGGAAAUCCAGAAGGCGCAAGGGUCGAAGAAAUCAUGAGCCUCCGGGAUGGAGAUGCCUAAAUCUUGCAGACAUUCCAGAUGUCUUUCGCUGCUUCUUGUUCUUUGCUAGAGAGAAACGGACAUGCUCGUACAUUCCCUUUUAGCCGGAUCCCCCCUAUGGAAUUCUCCUAGGGCACUUUCUAUUAAAGAAGAAAAUAUCAAACUCGA